UGUGGGGAGAGUGGGAAGGGCUUCAGCUGCAGCUCUGCUCUUGUCAACCACCAACGCAUCCACACUGGGGAGAAGCCCUUCCUCUGCCCUGAGUGCGGGAAGGGCUUCAAGUGCAGCUCCUACCUCAUCACCCAUCGGCACAUCCACACUGGGGAGAGGCCCUAUGAGUGUCCCCAGUGUCAGAAGAAGUUUCAGACCAGCUCCAAUCUCCUCCAGCACUCGCAGAUUCACACAGAGGAGAAGCCCUUUUGCUGCCCUGAGUGUGGGAAGGGCUUCAAGCAAAACUCCAACCUCAUCAGGCACCAGUGCUUCCACACUGGGGAGAGGCUCUAUGAGUGCCCCACCUGUGGGAAGAGGUUUCAGAGCAGCUCCAACCUCCUCCUGCAUGAGUGGAUUCACACAGAGGAGAGGCCCUUCCGCUGCCCUGAGUGCGGGAAGGGCUUCAAGAAAAACUCCCAGCUUGUCACCCACCUACACAUCCACAUGGAGGAGAGGCCCUAA